GAGACCUAAACAAAAAUUGAUGUUUAAGAAAGCAGAGAAAAGCUGAUCAUGACGAAAUCAAGAAAAGGUAAAGCACAUGUAGUUUCAGUGCUGUCAUGUCCUUUUGAGUAAGAGAAGAGUAGGAGGCAUGAGGCAUAUCUCUCUAUACAUGAGCCAAAACUCCCUUGUACAAGCUCAAAAGUUUUAAUAUAAUGGUUUUCGAAACAAAAAAGAUUGUCAGCAUUUUAUUUUAAAUUAGGCUGUAGUAGGGCGUGUAAGAGAUACUGAGGUAAACAGUAAUGUUAUUGACCAUUUAUUAAUAUUUUAAAUUACUUUUACAAAAUAUGUUUGUCUUAGCAUCAAUAUGCUAUUGCUAGGGUGAAAACUUACAAUAUCAUUUUAAUGUUAUGUUGUUUGAGUGUUUUUUACUUCAGCAUUAGUUGGUAAAUUAUGAAUUAUAUCUCAUUGUGUAUAUUAUUUCUUUUCCAUCUUCAUUUUUUAUAUAGUUCAAUUAUAACCUAUGUACUAUCUAAUGGAGUAUAUAACUUACUUAUGUUUGUUAUUCAUAUUUAAUAAUUCUAAUUUAAUACUAAUUAUAGAAUUUUAAUUUAUAUAUAACCUUAUACAUAACAUUAUCAUUUAUGUAUUUAUAUAUUUUCCUUAAAAUAUCCACCAUACGAAUUUAUAUAUACAUUAAGAUGCUAUAAAGUAACCAACCAUUUAGCUCACACUUAACAUAUCGUAGAACACUAAUCAGCUUUUCACAACUGUCAAAAGGAAAAAAAGUGAAAAGAUCCAGUGGGACUCGUGGGACAUCAAACAGUAGUAUCCUUUUUAUAUUUGGUCGUAAUAACUAUACUCCAUUAUUUACCCAUUCUACGAUAUUAAUUAUUUUAUAGAGAUCAUCAAACACGAUUUGAAAACUGACAUCACGUCGCUAUCUAUCCAACACGCAUGGAUAUAUACAAAACCGAACCGGUGUUGCGAAGCCCAACACACUUUUAAUUACUUCUGUUUUGCCCUUUUCCUCCUCUCUCACAAAACAAAAAAAAGUUUUCAGAAGAACUGAAGGGGCGAGAAGAACCCAGAUUCACACGAUCAUUCCUGAGUGAAAGCAAAGACUAAUAAGAGUUUAGAGAAGGUGUGUUUGUAUGGGCUGCGCUCCGUCGAAGAAGAAGACCAAUGCAUUACGACCGCCAGGAUAUGAGGAUCCUGACCUUCUUGCCUCCGUUACACCAUUUACGGUAGAGGAAGUGGAAGCGCUGUAUGAACUGUUCAAGAAGCUAAGCAGCUCGAUUAUCGAUGAUGGUCUUAUCCAUAAGGAAGAGUUUCAGCUGGCGUUAUUCAGAAAUAGGAACCGGAAGAACCUUUUCGCUGAUCGGAUAUUUGAUGUAUUUGAUGUGAAGCGAAAUGGAGUGAUCGAGUUUGGGGAGUUUGUCAGGUCUUUAGGCGUCUUCCAUCCAAAUGCACCUGUCCAUGAGAAAAUAAAAUUUGCUUUCAAAUUGUAUGAUUUGCGGCAAACUGGAUUCAUCGAGCGAGAAGAAGUGAGUCUAUUUACAUUAAAAGAGAUGGUAAUCGCGCUUCUUCACGAAUCUGAACUCGUUCUUUCUGAAGAUUUAAUCGAAGUAAUGGUGGAUAAGGCGUUUAUUGAAGCAGAUCGUAAGAACGACGGGAAGAUUGAUUUAGAUGAAUGGAAAGAUUUUGUGUCCAAGAAUCCGUCGCUCAUCAAGAACAUGACGUUACCGUAUUUAAAGGACAUACACGGGACGUUUCCAAGUUUCAUUUCAUCUUGUGAAGACGAAGAGUUGGAGUUGCAAAACCUAUAUUUCUGAGUAAUCCAUGCAGAUUGCAGAUGAAGAAAUUAUAAGAUCCCCAACCUUUUGCCUUCUUCUCUGGUUUUCUUGUCUAAAUAUUUUUGUAUAGAAAUAGUAAAUCGGACGACAGAGAUGUAAGUUACGAUUUGAAAAAUGGCUGCAAUAAAUCAUCUUGAGAAAGGAUCUUGGACUUGUCUUUUGUUGUUGUAUGUAUUUGCAUACUUAGUUAGCUAGCUUCAAUACUUCAUUUUUUUGUGGAGUGAA